AUGGAAGAUCAGAUCUUUCACAACUUCCGCAUCACACAUUCCUACUCUGAGAAUCAUGACGCUGAAAACACAAUUACCGGCGAGAAAGUUAGCCUGAGGCUGAGUCCUGAGAAGCACCGACUUGAAGGUGAAAUCUCAGCGUACAGAUCACUUGCAGGCGGCAUUGGCAUCCCUCUUCUUCACUUGGGUUGCCCUGAGCUGAACGGUGGCCUGAUUGUUACUACCAGGCUUGGGCCAAGUCUUCAGGACCUUUUCGAAUAUUGCGGUAGUCAGUUAUCUCUUAAGUCGAUCUUGCUCAUUGCUGACCAGGUAAUCUCUCGCCUGGAGCUUAUGCAUGGAAGAUCACUUGUCCACGGGGAUGUCAAACCUGACAACUUCUGUAUCGGCAUCGGCACACAAGGCAACGUCAUUUACGUAACUGGCCUCAGCUCAGUUUCGGCUAUCAACGGAACGUCUUGUUGCCACGACAUGGAAGCACUGGGCCGGAUGCUAGUUUACCUCCGUGGUGGCACAACGUGGUCGGAGUUGGUCAAGACUCCCCUAAAUGCUCUUCGCGAUCGGCUCCCAGAUGCGUUCUUCUUUUAUUCGGAUCAUCUAAGCAAUCUAGGCUCUAAAGGGAAGCCUGACUAUAAAUUUCUGCGGCAAAAGUUCCGGACGUUGUACACUGACAAGGGAUAUCUGCACGACUGGGUCUUUGACUGGACUGCGAAGAGAUACAUUGGCCAGAGCAGCAAGACCGCGACGACUGGAGAAGGACUUGUGGAACAGCCCGACUAUGGUCCAAUAAGUCAGCAGGAGCUUCAAAAAGAAGUGAGGCGACUCAACGGCAGUCUCCAAGGCCUACAAGAUAAGAUUGAACAGGAUUAUAAGCAAAACCCUGUGGCCAUCCACCCGUCGCAAUUCGAGGAGCUGCUUGAUGGAUAUCUAAAUGUAAUAGGGGCCCUCGAUCGCUUAUCUGAGAGACAACCGCGGCCCUCAAACGAUAAAAUAGCCGAAAUAAUGUGGACAAUUAUCGAGCAGAUCUUUGGCCGGCCUGAACAUGGAAUGAAGUCGGAUCAGCAAUCCGCCUUCUUUAGGUUAGCAUACUCGACACUGGCGGUUCUCUAUGUUACGGUACCUGCUUCUGAGACCAUCUGGGCUCUGUAUCUCAAGAAAAUUUCGGAACGCGGAGCUGAGUUUGACAGCGCUUGCCGACAAGCAUGGGACACAACCAGUGGAGAAUGGGCCAGGACCUCAGAGUCACAAAAGUAA